AGAGAUUGGUGAAAGUGUGAGAGGAGAAGAUGUGUAUAUCAUCCAGAGUGGCUGUGGAGAAAUAAAUGACAACUUAAUGGAACUUCUCAUCAUGAUCAAUGCUUGCAAGAUUGCAUCAUCCUCCAGAGUGACUGCUGUAAUUCCAUGUUUUCCAUAUGCCAGGCAAGAUAAGAAAGACAAGAAGGGGUCCGUGGAGCGUUGGAGUCGUGCUCCGAUCUCUGCCAAACUUGUUGCCAACAUGCUGUCAGUGGCAGGGGCUGACCACAUCAUCACCAUGGACUUGCACGCUUCUCAGAUCCAGGGUUUCUUUGACAUUCCAGUAGAUAACCUGUAUGCAGAACCUGCAGUGCUGCAGUGGAUUAAAGAGAACAUUUUGGAGUGGAGAAACUGUAUAAUAGUCUCACCUGAUGCGGGUGGUGCAAAAAGGGUUACUUCAAUUGCUGACAGACUGAAUGUGGAAUUUGCUCUCAUUCAUAAGGAAAGAAAGAAGGCAAACGAAGUGGACAGAAUGGUCUUGGUUGGUGAUGUGAAAGACAGAGUAGCAAUUCUCGUCGAUGAUAUGGCUGACACAUGUGGCACAAUAUGUCAUGCAGCAGACAAGCUGGUAUCUGCUGGGGCUACUAAAGUUUAUGCCAUUCUUACACAUGGCAUCUUUUCUGGUCCUGCUAUUUCUCGGAUUAACAAUGCAUCAUUUGAGGCUGUUGUGGUAACUAAUACAAUCCCCCAAGAAGAGAAAAUGAAACACUGCCCAAAAAUUCAGUUUAUUGACAUUUCCAUGAUCCUGGCUGAGGCAAUUCGAAGAACACACAAUGGUGAAUCUGUGUCUUACUUGUUCAGUCAUGUACCCUUGUAACUGCAGGAGAUUGCAUCUUUGCAAAGGCCCUUUCAGCUAGCACUGUUCUUAACAAUGCAUCUCAACCACAAAAAAAAUAGUAUCUUUGUACAAUUCCAGAGCUUGUAUGUUUAAUUAUUAUAUUUGUCUUGUAAUUACCAUUUGUUCUUUGUAAAUGGUCAAUAAAUCUGUCUUGCAGAAACUAUGAAUUCCCUUGAGAGUCUGAAAGUCUUGUGUGUUAUGCGAGUUCUCUUUUAUGUGCCUGUCCUUGCUUUCUGCUAAACUGCUGUUUCCAAUCAGUUUUCCUAUACGGAACUACAGACUAUUCAUAGAACUUAACGGGAUUGUAUGCAUGUACGAUCGUUUUCUGUGUUAAGCUGAAUGCUGCAUGCUUGGGCUUCGUGUAUCUAUUCAUCUGUCAGGCAAGCAGCUGUUGGUUUUUGUUUUGUUAUGUUUAACUACCAUGAAUACUGUUUUGUAAGCCUUAACAGAAUGUAAACUUCAUGUUAAUUUUGACAACUGUUGACACGUCCAUGGUAUUAACUGUUUCAUAAACUUUGUUCUUUUUUCCACAAGAUAUAUGUGGCUGCUGUUUUCUUUUGUAAAGCUCUCAUUACAUUAAAUUGUUUGCUUAGCAUCUAUUCUGUGCAGUUACUGUCUUCAGUUGUAAGAUUAAUGUUAUGGUAUUCCUGGAAUUAUUAAUUUCAUGUGCUUCAAUAAUAAGAACCAAUCUUUCAUGAUGAGCGGUUUAGUUUAAAUUUCAUUUUUUCCCCAUAGUUUUUGACAUUCCUUGAUUAUGAUCAUAUGAAUCAUUUCAUAGCAGUUUUCCUGUUAAUAUUGUAAAGCUUCACUAUGCAAAGCCCAAACAGCAAAUUUAUAAAACACUUAUUUAUACAAGCUGGUCUCUACCCACAUUUACUUGAUUAAAAACUAUCUGAAAAUACUUUUUUUUUUUUUUCAAACUGCACAGUCAGUAGAGCUUCAGGUUUCUAUUAGAGUACCACAGUACUUUACUGUGUUGCCGGACAACUGUGGUAGACUAGUUAGUCUCGAAUACUUAACAUUGGAGAAUUAAAAUCAUUAUGAAAACAGUUUUGCCUCUUGUAUGCUGAGAAAAGCUUAUGGUUAAGUACUGGUAAUGCAGUCAGGAAAGGAUUCGGGGGGGGAAAAAACCCAAAUCUGAUCUUGUAAUUUCAGUCUUUGAAUCCUUUUAUGGAGUGUUUCGGUCUUCCUGCUAGAAAGGAAGAGCUUGUAUGUAUUAAGAUAGUGUUUCUGCACCUAGAUCAUGGGAAAACUGUUUCCUACCUGAAAUUGUAGUUGUUAAUUACAAAAGCAUUUGCUGUGCUUGAGAGAUGCUUCUUUAUUGUGGAGCUGCAUUAGAAAAAAAAGCCUGAUUUUUAUCCUACCUUGCUUAG